AUGGCGAGAGCAGCGCUGCUGCUGCCUCUGCUGUGGUGCUUCUUGCGCCAUGCUUGGGGACUGCCGGAAGGGAGCAGCGACCUGUGUGCAGCUCCGGUGUCGUCUGAGGAGACGUCACUGCUACAAGCCUCUGUAAGCGGUCAUUACUUCCCUUCUUCCGGCUUCGCAGGUUCAGAUGAUCGCAAGAAAAGAAAGCGCAGGGGGUUCAAGAUUCGCAAGGGACGAGCGGCAUGGCGCAAGAGAAAGUGGGGCAAGCGGGCAUCGGCCCUUCCGGCACAGCCGGAGAAGCCGGGGCGGUGGGUCAAAGGUUGGCGAGGAUGGCAUUUCGUCUACGCACAGGAACGGGCAGAAAGCCCGAGCCGGAACCACGAAAUGAUCGCCACCAGGACCUCCAGCAAGGCGCCGGUGUGUGAAGCCGGAAGCUUCAGCUUCUCCUUUAAGAGCCCCAGCGGCCCAGAAGAACUUCUCUCGUUUGGGUCCACCACUGGUAAAAGCAGUUUUUAUCAUUCUGAUACACCGUCGUAA